UUCUUCUUCCACAUAAUUGGAAAAAAAUCUUAAAUUUUGCGGAUUCCCUUUGACUUCCACUGCGAACCCUCCGAUGAUAGUGGCCGUUGAAUCGACACCCUUGGAACGUAUGACUCGGAUUUGCAUGAGCUAAUAUUCCAAGUCGAUCUAGUUGAAGGAAAAAACCAAAAACAUAAAAAAAGACUGCGUUUUUUUUUACCCUUUCUCGUUUUGCAUACAGGGAGGCUUACGUUUGCAGUUGUUUCUGGGCUCUCUGACCGGAGUCUCUCUCUACCCCUCUCUCUCUCCCCAGCUUAGCAGCUGCUGUCCAGGGAGAGGGCAUAUCAAAGUGUACGCAAUUCAAAGGUUUGCCUUUUUUGCGUAGUCAAACUGGCUAUCGGUUGGCCCAUCCAUUGAAAAAGGUUUCUGAGCUUUCGUCUUGGGAAAAAUUUUCUGUAACUCGUUCCGAUUUGGCCACCGUGCAAAUGUCUGAGAAGUCGGUGGUUUCGAUGGAUCCGUUGUUGAGGGAUUUGAACGAGAAGAAGCUGAGCUUCCGGCGAAACGUCGUGUCGCUGGCGGCGGAGCUCAAGGACGUCCGGAGUCGGCUGGCAUCUAAGGAACAAUCAUUUGCUAAAGAAACCCUCACGAGGCAGGAGGCAGAGACAAAGGCGAACAACUUGGAAGAGGAGAUCCACAAAUUGCAGGAGAAAUUGGAGGAAAGAGAUGGACAGCUUCAGGCUUCAGCUGAUUGUGCUGAGAAGCAGUAUCUCAAGGAAUUAGAUGAUCUAAGAUCACAGCUUGCAACCACACAGGCCACUGCAGAGGCUAGUGCUGCGUCGGCUGAAUCAGCGCAACAUCAGUGCUUGGCACUAUUGAAGGACUUAGAUGAGAAGAAUAGUUCCAUAAUGGAGCACGAGCAUCGUGUAAAUGUGCUAGCAGAGCAGUUAGAUAACUUGCAGACGGAUCUUCAAGCAAGGGAAUCUUCUCAAAAGCAAUUAAAAGAUGAAGUCUUGAGAAUCGAACAUGACAUUAUGGAAGCUCUUGCCAAAUCUGGAGUAGGCAAUGACUGUGAGUUGAGAAAAAUGCUAGAUGAGGUUUCUCCAAAGAAUAUUGACAAGAUCAAUAAGCUUUUGCUCGUUAAGGAUGAAGAGAUAGUGAGAUUGAAAGAUGAAAUCAAGAUAAUGUCUGCUCACUGGAAGAUAAAGACCAAAGAAUUGGAAUCACAGUUAGAAAAGCAGCGUCGAGCUGAUCAGGAAUUGAAGAAACGCGUGUUGAAACUGGAAUUUUGUCUCCAAGAAUCUCGUGCUCAAACACGAAAGCUUCAACGGAUGGGAGAACGGAGGGAUAGAGCUAUCAAGGAUCUUAGAGACCAGCUAGCAGCAAAGCAUCAACAGCAGGAGGGCCAUGCCAUCAACGAUAAACAGAACUUCUGGGAGUCCUCUGGCUUCAAAAUUGUGGUUUCCAUGUCGAUGUUGAUCUUGGUGGCGUUCUCCAAGCGAUGAAUGGUAUAGUGUCUAUCUUCGAGUGCUGUAUAAAAAGAACUUGAUGCCGUAUAGUUUAGUUGUGUAGUUUAGGACCUUUAGGUAGUUAUAAUUUUGCUAGUACAACUGCAAUCCUCAUAGGCUCUAUUUUGAUCCCGUUAAGGCUGCUGCUCCAAGCUCGAGCGAAGAAUACCUUCAACUAUGUAAUGUGUAUUUUCUCAGUAUUAUCAUCCGGUACAUGCUCUUC